UUCACCUCCAACACGCUUCACACCUCAUUUCCAUUACCUUUCCAUUUCCCUUCCUUCCCCUCUUUCCCACACGAAACCCUAAUCAGAAACUUCUCCCUGAAAUCGAAACUUCGCAAAGCAUAAUUGAUCAAAACCCACAAAUCAAACUAACACAAUCGAAGACCCAACCCGCUAAUUUGAAAAAAUAACCACGUUAUCUCUCCAUCGAUAUGACGAGUUGCGGAUUGACGAUGCCAGGAACCGACGCCGCUCUCUUCGGCGCCUCACCUUCCUCCACCACCAGCAGGUUACCCGACCCGGUUCUGCGGGUCAGGCCUUCUCUGGGCCGCCCGUCAAUGGUGUCCUUCAGGACGACGAGGGCCACCAUGAGCGGAACCGCCUGCACCGCCGCGGCGGAAAUGAGCUUCUACGAUCUGCUGGGGAUACCGGAGUCGGUGAGCCUGAGAGAUAUUAAGCUGGCUUACAAGCAGCUGGCGAGGAAGUACCACCCGGAUGUCUCGCCGCCCGAUCGGGUCGAGGAGUACACCCAGAGGUUCAUUCGGGUCCAGGAGGCUUACGAGACGCUGUCGGAUCCCCGGCAGAGGGCUCUCUACGACCGCGAUAUGGCCAGAGGGCUUCACCUCGCCUUCUCCGCUAGGAGACGCUCUUCAUACCAUGACGACGAGGAAAUUGGUGAAAGAGGAGACUGGAGGAAUCAGUGGCAGUCUCAGGUGUCUGAGUUGAAGAGAAGAAGCGCGGGCAGGAGUGUAGGCGGGAGUGAUAACAUGUCAUGGGCAGCUCGAAUGCGGCGCCAGAGGGCAGAAAUGGCUACCAGUGGAUUGUAGAACGUUAUAACUAUAGUUCAGAUCGUCCUUAAAUCUCCACCUUUUGUUCUUAAACUUGUGUCAACUUCUUCAAGCUUAUGGGUGGGUGGAUGGAUGGCUUUGUGUAAUCCACAGUGGGAUUUUAAGUCUGGAUCGGAAGUAUCUAUGUAUAGGGUGGUUUGUUUUUUUGUUCGCCAUGUAAGAUCCAGACUGAAAUGAAGGGGUUUCCCCUGUAUAUAUUAAAAUGCUCUUAUGUUA